AUGAAUUUCCCGGAUACUUGGCGGAAAUGGAUUUGGGGUAUUUUAACUUCGGCAAGGUCUUCGGCGCUUGUCAACGGCUCUCCAACUUAUGAGUUUCAAUAUCAUAGAGGAUUGCAGCAAGGCGACCCUCUUUCACCUUUUCUAUUCCUCAUUGGUAUGGAAGCUCUCUCUUGUAUGAUUAAUUGUGCGUGCGACAAGAGCAUCCUCAAAGGGAUUGGCACUCCUAAUGGCGGCCCGGUAAUCUCUCGCCUUUUUUAUGCGGAUGACGCCCUUAUAAUUGGUGAUUGGUCGGUCUCAAAUGUGCGUAAUAUGACCCGAAUCUUGAGAUGUUUCUUUUUGGUUUCGGGGCUACAAAUUAAUUAUAAUAAAUCCAAGCUUUUCGGUGUUGGUGUGGAUCAUGUUGCUAUCGAACACUUUGCUGAAUUUAUCGGUUGCUCCUCAGAUUCGCUUCCCUUCUCCUACCUUGGCCUCCCGGUUGGGGCAAAUAUGAGCAUAAUUUCUCAUUGGGACCCAUCCUCAACACGUUCGACUCAAGGUUAUCCUCUUGGAAAGCCUCUACACUCUCGAUUGGAGGUCGUCUCACCCUCCUUAAAUCGGUGUUGGAAACUCUCCCAACUUAUUUCUUUUCAUUACACAAAGCUCCAUCCAAGAUCAUUGAUCAACUUGAGGCGAAGAGGAGGAAAUUUUUUUGGGCAGGCAACUCGGAAAGUAAUAAGCUCUGUUGGGUCAGCUGGGCGAAAGUCACCUCUCUUCUCAAGGAUGGGGGCUUGGGGCUUACUCCACUUAGGGAAGCAAAUAUCACGCUCCUCACCAAGUGGUGGUGGUGUUUCAAAACGGAGCAUGAGGCGCUUUGGAGAAAAGUCAUCAUGGCCAUUCAUGGGUCGAGUAGAACAUGGCCAGCUCUUCCACACUCCAAACGGGUUUCCGGAACUUGGCGUACCAUAG